AUGCUGCCCACCGCUUUUGAUGUCCUCAAAAUUGUGCUGGCCCUUGCCCCGGCGUUCGCCGUGGGCUUGGCCGUGUUCCGGCAGUCGAAGUUGGUGGCAGCUUUUGCACAGCUCAAUGACCUGCAAGAACGUGGUGAGCGACAGCAGGCGCUGGCAAAGAAAGCCAUCGAAGUGGACAAGGAAUGGUUCAUGAUCGGCGUGACUAACAUGGUUCUCAGCGCCUACAUUGUCGGCGCCUUUCCGCCGUUGUACUUCGUCUACUUCACACCCAAGGUGCUGUCUCUGAUCGGCCUCCGCUUGGUGAAGUUUUACCGACGCAAGCAGCAUUUCCUUCUUUGGGACUUCUGCUACUGGGCCAACUUUCUCUGCAUCUUCUAUUGCUGGGUGAUGCCCAAGUCACCCAGAGUCUUCCGCGUGGUCUUCAUGUGCGCGAAUGGUCCGCUGGCAUGGAGUGUGCUAGCCUUCAACCAUGCCAUGGUGUUCCACUCCUAUGCGCACAUGACCUCGGCGGCUGGGCUCUUGUUAAGGAACAUAAACCAAGUUACCAUAAGAAGGAAACCAAAGUAG